AUGGCUUUCAGUCGUGAAAAUACGGUCACGCCUCUGGAGUCGCAGGUCAACUGCUGCGCAUGCGCGACACCACGUGACACGCUGCUACCCCGGAAGCUGGAGUGUUUACGUUCCGCUUUUUGUGUGAGAACGUUUGAUGAAUCCAGCGGGCAAAUGUCGACGGAAGAGUGGCGGACUCUGCGUUCUGUGGUCGAGCAGCACGUCGUCCGGCUGCUGGAGGAGCGAAGAGACCUGGAAGUGCCGCAGCUGAAGCGGAUGGUCCUGGAGCGGCUCACCGCUGUCGUGGAGCACAUUUUCACCGAGUACGAGGCUGAUGGAGCGGCCGCAGGUCAGCAGGAAAACAUCAGUUACGUUUCUACUACUAGACCAGAGGCUCCACCCAGGACACCUCUGCCUGAUCAUCAUGCUCCAGAAGGUCAUGAAGACGUGGUGCACCGCUGCCAAGAGUGUGGGAAGCGUACAGACAAGCCUUCCGAGGAGCUGGAGCCUUUGUGCGACCUGUGCGGGAAUAAGCGUGCCUCUGUUCGACCCCACGUGGAACAAAAAGGAGCAAAGCCGCAUAAGCGUGACCUCCGGGUGGAGGCGGUGCAGGCGAGGACGCAACAGGCGUUGGUGUGCAAGGAGUGCGGCAAAGACUUUCCCAGGAAGAGCUCGCUGGAGCGCCACGUGCGAGUGCACGCCGGAGACAGGCCGUUCAUCUGCGAGUACUGUGGCAAGACCUUCAUGGAGAAGGCGGUCCUCAAGCGGCACCUGAAGAAGCACACUGGCGGAAGGCCUCGCAUCCACACGUGUGACGUGUGCGGUAAGAAGUUCACCAUGAGUCAACAUCUGCACGUGCACAAGAGGAUCCACACCGGCGAGAAGCCGUACACCUGCCAGGUGUGCGGUAAGAACUUUCGGCAGGUGGGCAACUUGGACUCGCACAUGAAGAUCCACACGGGAGAAAAGGCGUUCAUCUGCAGCCUCUGCGGGAAGAGCUUCCGCCAGAAGAUCUCAUUGGAGACACACGAGAGGUUCCACAGGAAGGACAAAGUCUACAACUGCCACGUGUGCACCAAGAGCUUCGUGCAGAAGGUGGACCUGAAGCGGCACAUGCUGACGCACUCGGGCGAGAAGCCGCACGUCUGCGCCGCAUGCGGCAAGCGGUACCAGGAGAAACGCUCGCUGGACGCGCACAUGAAGGUGCACGCUGCCACCAAACGUCCGGUUGUCACCUGUGAAGGUGACGCGGACUUGCUGCAGCUGUGAGCCAGGACCUCUGGCCUGCUAUGACACGACACAGAUGAAGGCCGUCAAAUGAAUGAUGGCGGCACUCUAGGCCUGGCAGGCAGGAAGACGAUGCAUUCCAUUCCGGAAAAGGGAAUGAUCUUCCGUGUGUACAUAGACGGUACAGUUGUAGCCAGGUGAGAAGAAGACGUGUCAAUAGUUUAUUUUCAUCAGUUGCCAGAAGGCAUUGAAUGAACAGACGAGACAUUGCCAUCAAUUGACCACCCGUUACCUUCUUCCACGUACUCGUGCACACGCUUCCUGAAGGGACUCUGGUGGUAGGUUGUUCCAAACAUCUUGGAGAGCUAAGCACACAUCUUCUGUAGACGCAGGCCUCCUUAAAUCUUCUGUUUCUUGGUCCCGGACACACUCCAUGUUGAGAUCAGGGCUCUGGGGGGGGGGCAUGUCAUCACUUCUAGGACUUCUUCUUCCUCUUCACGCUGAAGAUAGCGCUCUGUGACCAUGGCUGUAUGCUUGGACUCAUUGUCCUUCCUGGUCCAGAUGCAUGUGUGGCCAAUCAUACACCUCCCAGAUGGAUAAACAUCUGCUUGUAUUUGGAGGACACCCUUAACCCCGACCACAUCUUCAAGUCCGUUUGCAGAAUUACAGCCCAAACUUGGGAGGAACCUUCUGGAUGUGCCAGAGUUGCCUGCAGACGUUCGGCCCUUCAGCCACACUGCCUUCUGUCACAAAUGUAUUUUGGUCCUAUUCCAUGGAGUCAUCAUAAAACAGGCGCUUUGUACCAAA